GCACGCACCCACACACGCACCCUCCCACGCACGCUCGUGCACUGUCUCGCAGCGUGACGUAUACACCCUGGCCCCCGGUUAGCUAGCUGCUAAGCUAGUUAGCUAGUUGUUGUUGUAACUAGUCAGUCAACAAGCGAACACCGGAAUAUCGGUGAACGGUAGCUGUCGACCAUGGACGACGAAAGCCACCCUAAGACCCUGUAUGUGGGAAACCUCUCCAGGGAUGUAACAGAAAUUUUGGUUCUGCAACUCUUCACCCAGAUUGGGCCUUGCAAAAGUUGUAAAAUGAUCACAGAGCAUACAAGCAACGACCCCUAUUGCUUUGUGGAGUUCUUUGAACACAGAGAUGCUGCUGCAGCCCUUGCAGCCAUGAACGGGAGGAAGAUAUUAGGAAAGGAGGUCAAAGUAAACUGGGCCACCACUCCAAGUAGCCAGAAGAAAGACACAUCCAAUCACUUCCAUGUUUUUGUGGGAGAUUUGAGCCCUGAGAUCACCACCGAGGAUGUCAAGGCUGCAUUCGGACCUUUUGGGAAAAUCUCGGAUGCCCGUGUUGUGAAGGACAUGACGACAGGCAAAUCAAAGGGGUAUGGAUUUGUGUCCUUCUACAACAAACUGGAUGCAGAGAAUGCCAUCAUUAACAUGGGGGGACAGUGGCUUGGAGGGCGCCAAAUCAGGACCAACUGGGCAACGCGUAAACCACCAGCUCCAAAGAGCGUCAUGGACAAUGGCUCAAAGCAGCUGAGGUUCGAUGACGUACUGACUCAGUCCAGUCCACAGAACUGCACCGUGUACUGUGGAGGGAUCCAGUCAGGACUAUCAGAACACCUAAUGCGCCAGACCUUCUCACCGUUUGGUCAAAUAAUGGAAAUUAGAGUUUUCCCAGAGAAAGGAUACUCUUUCAUCAGGUUUUCCUCCCAUGACAGUGCUGCCCAUGCCAUUGUUUCAGUAAAUGGCACAGCCAUUGAAGGACACAUUGUGAAGUGCUUCUGGGGCAAAGAAUCUCCUGACAUAGCAAAAAAUCCACAGCAGGUUGAGUACAGUCAGUGGGGACAGUGGAACCAAGUCUAUGGGAAUCCGCAGCAGCAGCAGCAGCAGCAGCAACAACAACAGCAGCAGCAGCAACAACAGCAGCAGCAGCAGCAGCAGCAACAACAACAACAACAACAACAGCAGCAGCAGCAGGCGUAUGGGCAGUAUGUGACCAAUGGGUGGCAAGUGCCCUCCUACAGCAUGUACGGCCAGACGUGGAACCAGCAAGGAUUUGGAGUAGAGCAGUCCGGGUCAUCAGCCUGGGUGGAAGGCUUUGGAUCUCAGUCAGCCCAGGCUGCAGCCCCACCCGGGUCAGUCAUGUCCAACCUGGCCAACUUCAGCAUGGCUGGCUACCAAACACAGUGAGCUGGUCUUAACCUAAGUGUAGUACCAAGAGGAUUUUGUCAACCCUUUUAGACCACACAGCACUCUUUGAUCUGGACAGCUGCUGUGUUAGCAGAAGGGCGGGGGCCAUAUUCACAAAGCCUUUGUAGCUAAUAGUUGCUCCUAAACAACCCGUUUAACAAUUAUGUUUUAAAUGACAGUGUCCAUUUCACUCAGAUCUUUACAAAACUUUAUUUGAUGAUAAUUCAUAGUUCUGUUAUGGAAAAGUGCUCUUGGGCUUCUGAAGUAGCCAAACCAACUGUCUUUGUCUAAGUAGAUGUUAAAGGACACACCGACCUUCUGAAUGUUUGGCCCUGUGAAAACCUUACCCAGUAAGUGACAAAGGGUUUGCAGCGUUGACAUGCUUACUGGACAGCUAUCUUAACAGAGACAAAGACCAUUUGAUGUCUCUUAUCACAUACUGAAUAAAUUGACCAAUGGGCCAAACCAUCAAAAAGUCAGAGUUCUCCAUCAAAACUAAUUGUUACCCUCCCAUAUUCAGAAUUUGAGCAAAAUAUCUCUGAAAAUCAUGAAAUGUAGACAUAGAAACAUGAUAGUCACAGUAUUUUAGUUGAAUAAAAAGCACACUUACUACAAGCCAUCAUAAUACUCCAGCAUCUCACUGGAACAUAACUAGGAUUAUAAUCCCUGGAAACCUCAAACUUUAUAACAUCAAUAUUGAAUCAUCAAACUAUAGCAAUGUCCACUCUCAGUUUGCCAAUAUGUUUUUUAAUAUUUCAGCGUUUGCUACAGACUUGUCAAAAUGUUUAUUUACUUGUCAUAUUUGGGGCAUUUUUCUGUCAUUUUAUACAACAGAAUACAAAACUCCGCUCGAGUCUUCAUGCAUUGAUUAAGUUCAUUUUUGUGAUAUAGGUCAGUUUGUAAAAUAGCAUACGGUGAUAACAGUGUUGCACAGAUCGAGCGGGUAUGAUCGAUCGGUCACCAUGAAUUUGUGCUACAAACUGUACUGAGCCACAAGAAUGAACCAAUUUGCUAAAAGUUGGUCUGGGCUUAGCUUCAGCUCGUAGCUAGAAAUUCGGUCCCAUUUUGAUAUAUUAAUGAAAAAUGCUUUGUGAAUAGAGGCCCUGGAAUGGUAGUUUACCUUUCCAGUACAUGUGAAGAAACUGUUUGUAUAAACAACUGUGGCUUUAAAGGAGAUAUAAGCGGGGCGUGGUAUUUCCUGGGUAAAUUUUGUGUAUAAAGAAAAAUGUCACCUACACAACUCUGAAAGCAAAAAAAAAUUGUUUUUUCAUUUUUUGUAUCGGAGUGAUCAGCAUGUUCUUUGCAGACUUUUGAUGGAUUUUAGUUUACACCGUAAAGUAGCCUAGAUUUGACUAAUUUAUAAUCAUGUGUCUCAAAGUAAAGGCUAUAGCACGUGCUCACUAUAUAAAGAAAAUAUUGUAAAAACAGCUUAACCCCCAAUCUUUGUAAAGGUAACUGACUGUGUGCUGAUUCUGGGGGCUGGUUUCCUGGAAAGAUAACGCAUCUUGGAUAUUUUCUUCCUUCCUCUUGAUAACCUCAGUUAAUUUAUAGUCAGUUCUUUCUAAUGGCUUUUAGAGUUUUUGCAAAGAACCUUAAUUUAGCACCCAAACCAGCCCCUAAUGAUAUUGCAUCAUGUUUUACAUCAUUCAAAAUUCUUAAGUUUUUGUGUAAAGACAAGUUGUCCAGUGUUUUAGACUUACUAUGAAUUGGGAUGGUUUUAUUUUACGAAAGUGGAAGUUUUCCUAAAUAUAUCAUUGAUUUUUCAGGGCAGCGGGCACCUUUCUGCCCUUUUAGUGCAUUCUGAAUUUUCUCAGUAUUUGCAGAAUAUUUCCAUAUAUUCUAGGUAAAGUAUUUUUAAAAAAUCACUGGCAAAUUGUGACAAGAGGAUUUCUCAAAGAUGUCCUGCCAUUUGGAUUUUAUUUGCAUAUGUGCCAUUCUGUACAGUACAUUACACUCCUUGUAAGCUCAUUCUCCUUUUCCUGUUGAACAAACUUGAUAAUGAUUUAGUUUGUUUGUUUAUUAGACCUGGGGGAUGUUUGUGUAAUGUGGCCGAGAGUGUAAAUAUAAACCUUCAUCACAAACCUUCAUGAAACUUAAGAAAUAAUGUACAUACUGUAGGUAGAAAUGCCAUCAUUAAAUUUCAGCAAUAUGAUUUAUGAAUAAGCCUUAAUUGAUGUGACGGUAAAUUCAAACUUUGUGUUAUUUACAGAGGCUCCAUUACAAACCUAAAUUCUUUUCCAUUGUGGAUUUUCCCCAUUUUUAAGUUUGUGUGCCAUUUUCAGAAGGUAGCAGGAAGCAGGUGAUGUUUCAGCUUGAACUGCACGCUUAUGACAUGUAAUACAUUUGUUGCUUAAAAUAUUGAAUGUAAUAGAAAUUUGCUUUUCAUGACAAUAAUACAUGUAGCCUAAGUUGAACAAUAGAAGUGAUGUUUAAUAGUAAAGGAUGAAAUCAAUUUUCCAUUUAAACGGGAAAACUCAAUAAGCGACUUCAAAUAAAGAAACGUUUGAACCUG